UUACGCUACCUGCAAUGGCGACCGCUGGUCACGUCAGGCGAGAUACUGGUUUUCCCCACAGCUCCGUCUCUGCUAACGCUGCGUGGUAUCUCCUGAGCUAUACGCAGCCAUUCAUUUCGCAUCGACGCUGCUUUGACGGCUUCUCUAUCUGUCCCUGCAUCCACACUUAAGUUCGUGGGGUCAAGGAUAUAUUUUUUUUUUAAUUCCUAAAGUGAUGUUCAUCUGCGAGUAACAUGCCUUAUAUAGUUCGCUACAUCAGCAUUCAGCCUCCAGUCAAUAGCAUUGCUUUGGUAUUAAAAGUCAGUGCAUAUUAAUUAGCACAGGUGGUUGGCUGGAUGCUUAGGUUGCGUAUAGUAGAUAUUUAAUGUAGGCAACAGAUGACGCUUGUCAGUGAUAGCACUCUGCGGGGCUUCUUUAGAGUGGCUGGGUCUACACUGCUACGUGGCAUAUGGUCACGUGCCAAUAUGAACAUUCUACAUCGAAUUCAUUUGCAUGAUACGAUUACUUUAGGUGGUCAUUCGAUAAUAUUUAAAUGGUGCUUCUGCCGUAGCUACACAUAUUCGCCUGAUGUAAGGUUCUGCUGUUUGGGAGAUUGGUGUAGUUUACCGCUCCCACUGCCCGUAAGUUGUAUUUUACAUGGACGCUUUGCUCGGGCAGCGAGUUACCAUGAAUGUGAAAAGCCUGUAUCGCCAAGACUUGCAUUAUUUAUUGCUGAAUAAAUGGUUGAACAUAUUUCUACGUGCCGUUUGUCUUCUGAACUACGGAUUUCAGCACCCAAAGAAAAACUUUCAUUUACACAGGACAAACAGUCACAGCCACAGUCAAACAGUGAAUACCAGUCAACCAGUGAAUACCAGACUAGCCAGAGGCUAAAUCUGAUCCGACCUUCGGGAAGAGAAAGUAGAGGUCCUUAAGGUGUGUAUGAGCAAGUUUAAGCCUGUGUGCAUUGGUGUGUAUGUGAUUUCAGAGCUUCCCUUGACUAACAGAAUACCCCAGCUCUAUUGUACAAGUGUACCUCGAGUCCCACAAACAGAGAAGGAAAACACCAGCAGUGUCAAGAUGCUGACAGACGAGGUGUCUCAGAUACAGGAGGUUCGGUACUGUCUGAAGACCUUGAGGGAACAGAUGGCCACCAGACAGAAUAACAAGGUACAAUGCCUUCAGGAGUUUCCAGCCAAUGGUUACAAAGUCAGUGUCACCCUGCCUACCAACCCAGCAAUUGUCACCAAUUGUAAAAUUGUUGGGACUGAGUCAGAAACAAAUGUCAGGGAGAAUUCAGAGGACAGUGCAAAGGUAAGGGAGGUGAGCAAGCGCCUGUAUGCCCAGCUGAAGGAGUCAGAGAAGAGACACAAGGAGGAGAGAGACAGAAUGCAGGCUGAAAGCGAUGAGUUCAGCCGGCGCCUCGACGAGCAGUCAAAGCACCUGCAGUGGGUGGAGGGGGAGGCGGGGGAGCGAGGUCAGAAGGUGGAGGAGUUGCAGAGGCUGCUGGGGGGCAUGGAGCUGGAGGGUGCUGUCCUGAGGGGCAAAAUAGCCACCAGUGAGGCUGAACUGCUGCAGCUGAGAGCAGCCAAGGAGGGGGUGCAGGAGAAAAAGAAGAGAACUGAGGAGCUGGAGAAGGAGCUGGCUGUCCUGAAGGAGAAAAUCCAUCACCUGGACGACAUGCUGAAGAGCCAGCAGAGGAAGGUCCGCCACAUGAUCGAGCAGCUGCAGAACUCACGGACAGUAAUACAGGAGAGAGAGAGAGUGAUCAGGGAUCUAGAGGAGAAGGUGGCUUUUCUGGAAGCUGAGAACACAGAGAUGCGUGACCAGAUAGAGUACUUCCUGGAGGGUCAGAAGCCUGCUUCUCCGCCCACCAAAGAAUGCAAACCCACUCCCCAGAUUACCUACAGGUGACAACAACACCUUCCUGUCUCUUAUCUCUAUAGGGCCGGUUUCCCGGACACAGAUCAAACCUAUUCCAGGACUAAAAAGCUAUUGUAAUGGAGAUUUUUCAUUGAGUCAAAAAAAUAUAUAUAUAUAUAUAUAUAUAUAUAUAUAUCUUUACACAAAAAUCAAUUCAAUUAAUGUUUGGUUAUCUUCAUGAACAACACAGCAGCAACACAGUAUAAUGUUCCAGGAUAGAAAUGAGGGCCAAGGAAGUUGGUAUAUUUCUGUUCUUUUGCCCACCUUCAUCAAUGCACGGAAAUAAGUCACUUCCUUCAAUCUGAGUCAUCGAGAUCAAGUCCUGAGCAGAGGGAGAUAAUGAUCAAGAGAGAUGGAUAGAGGAAGUGAUAAAAUGAGAGAGACAGCUGGUUGGUGUGUGUGUGUAUAUACAGUUGAAUUUGGAAGUUUACAUAUACUUAGGUUGGAGUCAUUAAAAGUCAUUUUUCAAUCACUCCACAAAUUUCUUGUUAACAAAUUAUAGUUUUGGCAAG